AUGCAGACGGACUUAACCACUGUAACCACUGUAACCACUGAGGUUGCGGCGAGCGGGAAGGUUGAACAACUGCGCAUCAAUCCGUUUGAAAGGAAUUUACAGUUUCGGUUGCGAGAGCCACCUUUAAAGCAAGCAGAUAGUAUACUGAACAAAGAUUUGGUGCAAGAAUUGUGGUUGGAACAGAAAUUGGAUCAAUUCGAUGAGACGAAUAACAAAACUUGGUUAAUGCGUUUUUUGCGCAACGAUCGUUACUUCAAGCCACAUGGCCCAGUUUUCAUAUUCGUCGGCGGAGAGUGGGAGAUUUCGGCAGUUUAUCUUUUGACAGGACAUAUGCACGAUAUAGCAAGACAACAUAACGGCAUGCUUUAUUAUGUGGAACAUCGUUACUAUGGACAAAGCUGGCCUAUAGAUGAUGCUAGUGUGGAAAAUUUGAGAUUCUUGAGUGCACGCCAGGCCUUAGCGGACUUAGCUCAUUUUAUACGUCAGCUAAAGAGCAGAGAAACCGAAUUGUCGUAUUCAAAAGUCAUACUAACUGGUGCUUCUUACUCCGGUAGUCUUGUGGCGUGGUUCGCUAAACUAUAUCCGGAUUUAAUGGAUGCCGGUUGGGCUUCGAGUGCACCGUUAGUGGCCAAAUUGGAUUUCUUUGAAUACAUGCAUCAAGUUGGGAAGGUUAUCCAGCAACGUGGGGGUCCUGAGUGUGCUGACCGUCUCGAUAGAGGUCUCAACGAUAUUGCAACACUACUUGAGUCGACAGAAGCCGCCCAACUACUACGGGCACUACGGAUAUGCAACAAUUUUGUGGCAACUAACCAACUGGAUCGCGCUGCACUUUUCAAUGGGCUUGGCAAUUAUUUUGCUGCAUUCGCACAACUAUAUGAUGACCAAAUCGCGUCCGAAAUUUGCACGCCGCUGAAAACUACCACAGAUGAAGACGACUUAACGACAUUCAUUGAAUUCUUGAGACGCAUAUUUUGGCCCGAGUUCACGAAGCAAGCACACGGCGAAGACUGGUGCAUCGAUUUGUCAUAUGAAGGCAUGAAGUCUAUAUUUACAGAUCUAACAGACCAGCUAAGCGGCACACGUCCUUGGUUCCAUCAGAGUUGCCACGAAUUCGGCUGGUUCACCACUACGGCCAACAAUAGCAGACACAACAAACGCCCAAAGGCCAGCCGGCAGGCGACAGCAGCGCAACGCCAUGAAGGGACAACUCAGCUGCAGCACUCAUUUGGCCGCCAAGUGCCACUCAAUUAUUUUCAACGACUUUGUCGCGAUACCUUUGAACCGAGCGCCGAUACCACAGCGCAUAGUGGCAUUGACAUCGCCACCAUUGUUAAGCAAACAAAUAGUCAUUUUGGCGGCCUUACCGCUGGCACCGUGCUACAACAGCGUGUCAUCUUCACUCACGGCCAGCUCGAUCCCUGGCGUGCUGUUGGCCUGCAACGGGGCAAAAAUGUCAUUAAUAUAGCAGACUAUUCUCACACCGCUGAUUUGGACUCCAUAGACUUCGCCGAUACGGUGGAAAUGAAUGUAGCUAAAUUGAAGGUAGCGGCCUUUUUGCGUAGCGUUUUAAGGCGAAAAACAACAAAACCAAGCAAACUAGCCACGCACAACAACAGCAAAACUGGGAAUACGCUGGCAGCGUUAUAAUAUGUUAGUUGUUGACUUACUUUAGAAAUUAAUUAAAAUUUAUUACUGUUAACACUACUUUAUUAUGAAUAACGUACAUCAUUUGAGUUUAUUUUUGACUCCGAAAAUUAUAUU